UCCGCAGAGGAGCCUGCUAACCCGCCUGUGCAAAACGAUGGAAACCAGCCUGCCAGAGACCGACCGGCUCAGAGAUCAGCUCUUCUGUACAUUAGACGAGGAAAACAGUCUUUACUUCACCUACAGCGGCAAACCCAAUGUGCUCCAAGUGCUGGACCUCAAUUAUGAGGUGAAUUCUGCAGCACAGAUCCCCUGGUAUGAGAAGCUAGCUGAAUUACAAAUGCCAUGGCAUUGGAACUCCAAUUCGAAUGGACAGACAACAGCUCUGAAGAAUCUAAAUCUGAAAGUCAGAAGUGGACAGAUGUUGGCUGUGAUAGGAAGUUCUGGGUGUGGGAAGACAUCUUUACUUGACGUCAUCACUUGCAGAGGUGAAGGAGGGAAAAUCAAAACUGGCAAAAUAUUGAUCAACGAAACACCAGUCAACAGGCAGCUGGUUAGAAAGUGUAUUGCACAUGUACGACAAGAUGACCGAUUAUUACCCAAUCUCACCGUAAGAGAGACAUUAACAUUUGUUGCAAAAUUGCGUCUUCCAAAAGACUUCUCAGAAGAACAAAGAAACAAAAGGGUAGACGAUGUGAUAGCAGAACUCCGACUAAGACAAUGUGCUAACACUAGAGUUGGGAAUUACUUAACUCGGGGGGUCUCUGGAGGCGAGAGACGACGAGUGAGCAUUGGAGUGCAACUUCUGUGGAACCCUGGUAUUUUAAUAUUAGAUGAACCCACUUCUGGACUUGAUAGUUUCACAGCACACAAUUUGGUGAUGACUCUGUCGAGACUUGCAAGAGGAAAUCGUUUGAUUCUAAUGUCAAUCCAUCAGCCACGGUCUGACAUAUUCCACUUGUUCGAUCUGGUGGUCCUGCUCUCUUCAGGAGUAACAACGUACUGUGGAACAGCUAAAGAUAUGAUUCCGUAUUUUACCUCAAUAGGAUAUCCUUGUCCAACCUAUUGCAAUCCUUGUGAUUUUUAUGUUGACCUAACCAGUAUCGACAGGCGUUCCAAAGAACAGGAAGAAUGUACACAGGAUAAAGCCAACACGCUUGCUUCCAUAUUCUGGGAGAAUGUCAAAGACACAGAUGAUUACACCUGGAAGCCUAAUGCCAGCAAUACCUGUCCAAAUAUGAGUAGCACUGCAAAUGCUUCUCAGACCUCCGAUGAAAUUAUUAUUAAUUUUAAAUCAGAAACCAAGGACAAACUAGCUGGACAAUUGAGACAAUUUUCAGUCUUACUAAGACGGCAGAUUUCUAAUGACUUCAGAGAUUUACCAACACUGGCUAUCCAUGGAUUUGAGGCACUCUUGAUGUCUUUACUAAUAGGGUUUUUAUACUACAGCCAAGAUGGCAAAGAAUUAUCCAUCCAGGACACAGUGGCAUUGUUAUACAUGAUUGGAGCUCUGACCCCAUUUGCAGUUGUUUUGGAUGUUAUCGCUAAAUGUCACUCAGAGAGGGCAAUGCUUUACCAUGAAGUAGAGGAUGGGAUGUAUUCUAUUACUCCUUAUUAUUUUGCAAAGCUUUUGGGAGAACUCCCGGAACAUUGUGCUUUUGUAAUAAUCUACGGUGUGCCAAUCUACUGGAUAGCAGCUCUCAGACCCGAAGCUAGUCCGUUCCUUCUGAACUUUCUACUGGUGUGGCUUGUGGUUUAUUGCAGUAGAGUAAUGGCUUUGUGGGUCUCAGCAUUACUACCAACGCUGCAGUUAUCUUCUUUACUAGGAAACAUCUUUUUUACAAUUUUCUACUUAACAGGAGGCUUUGUUAUUAGUCUAAAGAAUAUGUGGACAGUUGCCUCCUGGUUUUCCAAGAUCUCCUUCCUCCGUUGGGGUUUUGAAGGUCUGGUACAAGUUCAGUUCACAGGACAUCUGUACUCGUUUACGAUAGGGAAUAUCACCAUUCCAGUGAAAGGCACAGAUAUAAUUGAAUCUAUGGACAUGGAUUCAGAACCACUCUACAUGUGUUAUGCCAUCUUGAUAGCUAUUUGUUUUGGAUUCCUGGUCCUCUAUUAUGUGUCUUUAAGGUUUGUCAAACAGAAAUCAAAUCAGGAUUGGUAA